CACACGCUGUAAAGACAUUCCCCUUUCAGCGACCAGACCGACAUGCAGAACUUCUGUGCUUCCUGCAAACCUAUCUGAUGAUACACACUCGAUCGGGCGAGGGUAUAGUGUAUAUAUGUAUAUAUUUCCCCCGCUAUGAGGAGAUCUUCGUACGUUAGAACGUCACACGAGCUCAGGAGCUUUGGCUUCCUGCACCGCGCCUCGCCCGUUGCGCCUCUCCGUUUUCGCUUCUAGCUCUCGUGCGUCGAGCUUCCGCGCGCUGUAACCUAACACCGCACCGCAAUGAUCAGCAAAGUGAAAAAUGCCAUGUCCUCGCUGGUGGGCGGCAUUGUCCCACACGGCCACCACCACCAUCAUCCUCAGCAGCAGCAGCAGCAGCAGUGCGGAGCGGACUCGUUGCCCCCCCGCUUCCCGUAUGCGCGGCCCGACUUUCUGGAGCUGAGCGCUGAGUUGGUGCAGUACGCGGCCGAGCACGCAUCCCGGCCCGUCAUUACACUCCGGAGAGACGCUAAGAUGCCCUGGCGCACAGGAUACGCAGAGGUGAUAAAUGCAGGAAAGAGUAUGCUGAAUGAGGACCAGGCAGCAUGUGAUGUGCUAUAUGUGAAGAAGCUUACUAGCAAACAGCAGCGUGCCUCUCUGCUGAUGGAAGACAGUGGGGAUACCACUGGCAUUCCCCUGCACUUCUGGGGUGUAUUUGAUGGUCACGCAGGCUCUGGAGCUGCCCUCAUGGCCUCCAAACUUCUCCAUCGUCUCAUCAGAGACCGUCUGUGUGAAAUAUCUCAUCUUUUGGAAAACCAGAGCAGUCCACCACCCAUUUGCCUAGCUAAGAACGGGAGUCCCUAUCAGGCUGAGCAAAAGAAGGGAUCCUGCAUGGAUACUGAGGACCAGGAUGGACCUGUAGAUCCCAUUGCUCGGUUCCACAUGGAGAAGGUCGUCAGUCUGGAAAGUCUGGUGAUGGGAAUCAUAGAAAAUGCCUUCAAACAAAUGGAUGACCUCAUUGAAAAGGAGAAAGUAUCUUACAGCAUUUCUGGAGGAUGUUGUGCCUUGGCUGCUGUGCAUUUGUUAGGCAAACUCUAUGUAGCAAAUGCUGGUGACAGCAGAGCCAUAAUUGUUCGCAAUAAUGAGAUUAUUCCGAUGUCUACUGAGUUCACACCAGAGAGUGAGAGACAACGGCUGCAGUAUUUGGGAUUCCUUAAACCAGAACUGCUUGGGAACGAGUUCACACACAUUGAGUUUCCCAGACGCAUUCAGCACAAUGAGCUAGGCAAGAAGAUGUUAUUUAGAGACCACACAAUGACUGGCUGGGCAUAUAAGACCAUUGUUGAAGAUGACCUCAAGUUCCCCCUUAUUUAUGGAGAGGGAAAAAAGGCCCGAGUCAUGGCCACAAUUGGAGUAACACGUGGUUUAGGCGACCAUGAUCUGAAAGUGUACAAUUCAAACAUUCAUAUCAAACCUUUCCUAUCCUGCUGUCCAGAGGUGAAAGUAUAUAAUAUUUCAGAGCACAAGCAUGGCCCUGAUGACAUCCUCAUUAUGGGCAGUGAUGGAUUGUGGGAUGUGACUUCUGACAGAGAAGUAGCCGAUGCAGUAACAAAAUUUUUGUCCUGCUGUGAGCCUAAUGACCCAAUGAGGUACACUUUGGCUGCUCAGGAUCUCCUAAUGAGGUCACGUGGUGUUCUGAAAGAGCGGGGUUGGAGGCUACCCAAUGACAGACUGGGAUCAGGUGAUGACAUUACAGUGUUUGUCAUCCCAUUGGCUGGUGCAGAGUCAGAGACAUGACAAGGCAGAGCAGUUCCUCUCUGGCAAGCAAAUCAGGACACGGCGAUAAUUCGUGCUGGCUGAGGAAGGGGUGCAAUACCAAAAAAAAUCUAUUCUCACUUGGGCUUAAGGGAAAGAUAUAUGCAUUGCUCCUUUUCCUCUGAUUUUUCAGAGAAAUCAUUUCGACUUUUACCUCUUCUAAUCAAGCUUGGGAUGACAUCAUCAUUAAGUGCCACUCUUCAAACUCUACAUUGCUCACAGAUUUUCUGUGAAAGACUUCAAAACACACAAAGCCGCUGUGAUAUCUAUAUAUACUCUGGAAGUCUAUUUGGAGUGAGGAGCGAUAAGAAGAGAGAUUUGUGCUAGGUGAAUGGAAACAGAAAAAUGGGGUACUGCUGAUAUGAGAUGAAAUGUUGAUGAUUAGGGAUGUAUAGAUGUAAGCACUUUAUCUUUAGGCCUAAAUUCAUAAACCUGUAAUUAAGACUGAAAGCAAGUUUUGCUUUAUUUCACCCUCAGCUUCUCUACAUGUCUCCAAAGAAUGUGUCUAUUUAAACACAUGGAUUUCAUGACACUGCAGUAGCUUUAUUUCAAAACAAAUGAUCACCAAGAAAAGAAGGAAAGCACAAUUUUCUUAUUAGUCCUGAUAAUGACGGGGUCAAAAACAUGUUUUGAAAAGUGAAUAAUUAUUUUGAUUGAAGUAAUUGUGUAGGGCAGUGGUAGCUCAGCAGUUAGGAUGUUGGACUACUGAUUUCAAGUUAUGAAUUCAAUGGCAUUAUCAAGCCUUUGCAGGGCACAUAGGCAAGACCAUUAACCCACAACAGAUGCUUUGUAUCAAUGAGAUCAAAUUUAAAUCUCUCUGGUGCCUACCUUAAAUGUAAAGAUAUACUACUGUAACUCACACUUAACAAAGCUUCUAGAAAUUUGAAUCCAUAAUAAAUCAGCUAUUGCCCAUUUGACUAAAUCCAGGUUCCAUACCUCUCCACAAAGCCAUGUUCAUAAUGAACCUAAGAACUUGCAAGGAGGUAGAUUUUUGGAUUAUAAUCGAACCCAAUUAUAUUAUUUGUGCAAAAUUUUCACUUAAAAUGUAGCUUUUAGGAUAUUUUUUUUUUCUGAGAUGAGAUUAAAAGCUUAUUAUAUAUUCUGAAUCCAUAUUAGGAUUAGUUCAAGUUCAGCACUUAUAUGGAAUCUAGAAACUUACCAUUAAUGAAUUUAUUAUACUGUAUUAUAACUAUCUACGAAAACUUGAGGAACCAUAUUUGUAAAAAAAAAAAAAAAAAAACUAAUGGGCUGAAAAAAGUUUUAGGUGGCAGCUAGAUUACCACCUAUAUGAAGAUAUUUUCAGCAGUAGAACCAAGGUCCUGAACAUCUUAAUCUUCAUUUCAAUACACCAUGCUUAAAUGAUUUUCAAGUAAAAAAACCUAUUGUGAAUAUGAAUUCAACCAUUUGAAUUGAUGGCUGACUGCAUAUAAUGUGUAAUGUUUAAUUUUGCUAUAAUGUUUAAUUGAAUUACCAUUCUUGCUGACUGUUUUAGCAUUUUUCAAGCUGUAACACCUAAGUAACUGUGAUUCCUUCACAAUAAAUCUCCCAUCUUUGAAGA